UUUUCAACGAAUUCACUAUAUAUACUGCAGAAGUAUUUCGUUCAUACUCACACACUCACUAAGUUUCUAUCACUACACAGCUUAAUGGAGUUUCAAAAUCUGUCUGUUUUAGCUCUCUUUUUUUUGGCUUUGGUUGGAAUCAAUGGAUCUAAAUCAGGAGAAGAAUAUUGGAAAUCUGUUUGGCCAAACACUACUAUGCCUAAGGCACUUUCAGAUUUGUUACCAUCCGAUAUAGAAACCAGUAUGCCUAUCAAAAGUCAUGAAGAGAAUCAAUAUUGGACUAUUUUUUUUGAACAUGAUCUAUAUCCUGGAAAAAAAAUGAACUUAGGUAUUCAAAAACCUUCUGAAUCUAGUGAGUAUGAUAAAAAAGAAACUUCAAAAGCAAGUCAUCCUUUUGGAUUUUGGGCAUGGUCUAGAAAAGAAACUGAAAAAGAAAAUCAACCUUUUGGAUUUUGGGCAUGGUCUAGAAAAGAAACCGAAAAAGAAAAUCAACCUUUUGGAUUUUGGAUAUGGCAAAGAAAAGAAAGUGAAAAAGAAAAUCAACCUUUUGGAUUUUGGAUAUGGCAAAGAAAAGAAACUGAAAAGGAAAAUCAACCUUUUGGAUUUUGGAUAUGGCAAAGAAAAGAAACUGAAAAGAAAAAUCAACCUUUUGGAUUUUGGGCAUGGUCUAAAAAAGAAUCUGAAGAACAAAACCAACCAUUUGGAUUUUGGGCGUGGUCUAGAAAAGAAUCUGAAAAAGAAAAUCAACCAUUUGGAUUUUGGGCGUGGUCUAGAAAAGCAAAUCAACCUUUUGUAAGAGAUACACAAAAAGAAAGUCAACAUUCUGUAGCACUCACAUCAGAUGAAAAAGAAGCUCACAUGAUUAACGAAUAUUGUAGAAAUCCAUCAGCAAUAGGAGAAGACAAAUAUUGUGCAUUAUCACUAGAGUCAAUGGUGGAUUUUGUCAUUUCAAAGCUUGGAAAGAAUAUCAAAGUGAUGUCAAGUUCCUUAGGUCAAAAUCAAGAAAACUAUGUAGUGGAAGAAGUAAAUAAAAUUGGAGACAAAGCAGUAAUGUGUCAUAGGUUGAAUUUUAAAAAAGUUGUAUUUUAUUGCCACGAAGUCAAUGCGACAACAACUUACAUGGUCCCAUUGGUGGCCCCUGAUGGAACUAAAUCAAAAGCUCUUACUAUUUGCCACCAUGACACUAGAGGUAUGAAUGCUAACAUGUUGAAGGAGGUUCUCAAUGUUAAGCCAGGAACUGUCCCUGUUUGCCAUUUUAUCGGCAAUAAGGCUAUUGCUUGGGUACCUGAUAUGAGUGAGCCUAGUGACCAUCCUUGUGCCAUCUAGCUGAUUUGCACAUUGAUUAGAAUCUCAUAUUUGGACUUCUUUCUAAAGUUUUAUCUAGGAAUAAAUAGGAUGUGAAAAUAUCAUAUCAUAUCAUAUGUAUCUGUAGUAUUAUUAAAAAUUCUAAAUAAAACCCGUCCAAAAUUAUUUAGAA